ACCAACCAAGCAUGCUGGGUCAACGUCCAAACCCAACCUGCUGAGGUAAAAUGUGUGGAAAAUGUGGUUAUUUUUGACCUGCUAAUUCUUAGAGCUAAGGUUAUUGCUGUUAAUUGACCAUUUAGAUCGUGCAUUAAGAAUAAUUUAGACUGCAUAAAGUUGGGUGUUCUUCCCGAAACAUUAGAGUACUACCAUGAAAAUUGGUAAAAAACAUAGGUUCUACGAGUGAUAUGCCUCAUCCCAUAUAACCUACAUACAUUUACACUGACAAACUGUAGUCUCAUGGAGAAAUAAUCCAGUUAAAGACAUAUGGAAACACACUCGUUUUUGAGAGCUUAAAUAGCUACUCUUUACACCCACGGUGAGCAGAAAAGCAUCACAAAACAUGUCGAAGCUUGAACUGAGUAGGCUGACCGCCGGUCCAUUUCUGUCAACCAAGGACUGGAAUCUGGGGUUAUCAAUGUCCAUCAAACUGGACAGAUAAGACUGGAGAGACCUCAUCUGAUGAAACUAAUAAUCGAGUAGACCUAAUGUUAGAGUUAUUUUAUUAAAUCGUCUAGGUGUGUGGAUUAGGUUUAAAGGUAAAAUUUGUAGGAACAGGGGCUGGUGAACAGUGUUAAACAUGGAGGAAAGCUUGUGAUGGAUCUAGCACCCAGCAGCACGUACGGGAAUGACUCUGAACAAUCGGCUCGGCUCACCGAAAAGAGCCGACUCUUUCGUAUCUCAUAAGUUGCCUGUCUGUCGCUUAUGCUGUUCAGUAAACAUUAACACAAUAACGUUACACUUUGCACUACGUGCAUCAGUAUAAAUGUAUUUAAUGAAUAUAGAUAUGUGACAUCUAUACAAAUGGGUCAAGUAAAAUCCUGUUCAGACAUGCGAGUCGGCUCACUCAAAAGAUCCGGUUCGAAGAGUCGACUCCUUCGCUAAUGAUAAAUGGCUGGUAGCUACCUGGCUAACUGUUAGCGCAGGAUGGGCUAUUGGUGCAUGUUAAUUCAGCGUUUCGGCUAGAGCAUGACAUGAGCAGUAAGAUGAAAAAGGGUCCCGUUAUUCAGGAGGGUUUAUUCGUUAAUAUUCUCGCCUGGUUUGCUUCAUCGUGCUGACUUCGAUAGCUGGCAGACUAACUAAUGUCGGCUAACUAGCUAGCUAGCAACCGCGGUGGGUGUUCGUGUGCACGCAAAGGACUCCAUCAUGGACUUCCCAGGACACUUUGAGCAGAUCUUCCAGCAGCUGAACUACCAGCGUGUCCACGGUCAGCUGUGUGACUGCGUGAUAGUUGUGGGCAGUCGGCAUUUCAAAGCACACCGUGCCGUCCUGGCCGCCUGCAGCACGCACUUCCGUGCCCUGUUCAGCGUCUCCGAGGGCGACGGGAGCGUGAGCGUGAUACGUCUGGAUUCGGAGGUGGUGACGUCCGAGGCGUUCUCGGUGCUCGUGGACAUGAUGUACACGUCCACGUUGACGCUGGGAGAGAGCAACGUUAUGGACGUGUUAUUGGCCGCGUCCCAUUUGCAUCUGAAUACGGUAGUGAAGGCUUGUAAGCAUUAUCUGAACACGCGGACUUUGCCCAAGUCGCCUCUUAGCGAGCGUGGGGGUCAGCGUGUCGAGCAGCAGCAGAUGAAUAAUAGCUCUAACUCACACCUCCAGCGCUCGUUCCUCCUGCAGCAGCUCGGGUUAAGCGUAGUUAGCUCCGCCCUCAACGAAGAAGCUGAGGAGGAAGCGUGCGCAGCCAGUCGAGGGGCAGGAAGUGGACUGUUAGACCAGCGGGACUCUUUCACCCCACAGCGGCGCUUGCAGAAGCGCAGACAGAAUUUUUCCCUGAUUCGCUCAGAGGCAGAGAACCCACGACAAAGACCACGCCUCCCUUCACAAAGCCAGGGGAUUGUGGACGAUUGUGCGGAGGGAGGAGUCAGAGGGGAGGAGCUUCUGUCCCCGGACUCGCACGGCAAAACCAUGGAUGAGGAUUCCAAACUGGACGUCGUGGUGAUUGCGGCGGACGACAGGGAAGAGUACAGAAGGGCAGCGGUGCAAGAGGACAUGCAGAUGCCCAGCCAAUCGGACGGCGGCCAAGGGAGCAGGGCGGAGCCUGUGCUGCUGCCGCGCAAGGAGGAAUAUCCAGGGGGUGACGGGGUUCAAGUGAAAGGUGGUGGUGAGGAAGAGGCAGUGCGUAUGAAGGUGGUGGUGAAGAGCGAGCCAAUCAGCUCGCCUGAACCCGCUGACGAGACCAGUGAUGUCACGUCGCAGGCUGAGGGCAGUGACCAGGUGGAGGCCGUUGGAGAGAAGCUGGAACUGAGUCCCGAAGGCAGCGAGCACAGCUUCAGCGACCCUCAGCCCAGCUCCGACAUCCUGAUCUCAGAAAUCAAGGGACCGGUCAUAGAAGGAGAGAGACUGGGUGAUACAGGCGGAGGUGUAGACAGCCGGAGAGAAAGGGGAGGAGGUCUCCUGAGCACCAUGAGCUUCGACCGCGUCUCUGUCCCAAACACUACGACCGGAGAGUGCACACUGGACCACGAACCCCCUCGCUUCCUGUUCGGCUCCGAAUCCUCUUCUACUAUGCACCUCCCGCCGUCUCAGAACCUCCUCUCGGGGGAGGCGCAGGAUUUUUCCAGCAUGCGAGCCGACUCGCUCCUGCUUCAGCCCAUGCUGGAUGGGAUCGCGUCGUCUUCGGAGCAGCUGGCGAUGGAAUUUCAGAGGAACAUUUGCAGGGGCGGAGCUUAUAGAUUUCCUCCCUAUCGACGCAUUGCACCAAAAAGCGCACCGGGAGGCGCUUCGAUGCAGGACGUUGCUUCCUCUUCCUCCUCCUCAUCGUCAAUGCUUGUAAACGGCGCUAAUUACGACGGUCCCAGCCAACGAGGAAGCAACUCGAACUCGAAUCCUCUCCCGCAGUUGACCCGCGCCUCAGCCGACGUGCUCUCCAAGUGUAAGAAGGCGCUCUCGGAGCAUAACGUCCUGGUGGUGGAAGGAGCGCGCAAGUACGCCUGUAAAAUCUGCUGUAAGACCUUCCUGACGUUAACAGACUGCAAGAAGCACAUCCGGGUCCACACGGGCGAGAAGCCUUACGCCUGCCUGAAGUGUGGCAAGCGCUUCAGCCAAUCCAGUCACCUGUACAAACACUCGAAAACAACCUGCCUCCGGUGGCAGAACACCACCAUGUCCACCGGACUGCUUUAGAUCAUACACACACGUGAGGCGGCGUCGGACACACACGGACCGAGCAUUAACUAACUCCUCCUCAAGAGACAGAAGUGUAUCCGCCAAAUUAGAUAUUGUAAAAUGUUUCACAAGUGAUGCAGUGUGAUUUUACAUGUGUAUGUGUUUUGUGAAGAACUGGCAACCUCGCACUCAGAGGUCCUAACUGGAUAGACGUGCGACCUACUGUGACCAUUGCAGUUAGAGCUGAAUGAAGGGCCAUAACGCAGUUUAAUGUGGUCAAACUCAUUUCAUUCCACUAUAACCUCGAACCCGUGCACCUACAUUUACCAUACUCGCAUUACCGCCAGUGAUUUAAAAGGUUUUAUUGUUUUAUUUAUUAAGCUAAUGUUACAGCACAAGUUAGUUCCUGUUAUUACUUUGAUCUCAACAAGUUAACACCCCCUCAAUUCCUACCUCACUUCCUUCCCCCAUCCCUCUCUUCUGCCCUCUUUUCCUUCCUUUCUUCUUUCCUCACUCCUUUCUCCUCUCCCCUCCCUUUUCCCUCCCUCACUUCCGUCUCCCCUGUUCUUCCUAUCAUCACCUCGCUUUUCCUCUUCACAUCCCUCCUUCUUUUCUCAUUCCCUUUCUCCACCCCUCUCUUCAUAUAAUCUCUCCUUUCCUUCCUCAGUUCCUUCCUCUUUUCACUUUCCCAUUUUCUCCCUUCCUUCCUCAUUCCUUCCUCUCUCCCUUCCUCACUUCCUUUUUCCCUGUCCUUCCUUUCAUUACCUCUUUUUUUUUAUUUCACUUCCUCCCUCAUUUCCCUCCUCUAUCAUUUCAUGCCUCCAUCUCUCCUUCUUGCACUUUGUACCUAGAUUUCUAAUUUUCUCCCUUCCUCCCUCACUCCUUUUUCUGUCCUCUUUUUCUUUCAUCACCUCUCUUUUUUUCUUUACUUCCUUCCUUCCUUCCUUCCUCAUUUCCUUCCUCUUUCCCUCUGUUCAUAUUGUCUCUCCUUUUCUUUCUCAUUUCCUCCCUGCUUUCCCUUCUCAAUGAAUUCCUUCCUCCAUCCCUCUCUCUUGCCCUCUUUUCCUUGCUCUCAUUGUAUCCCUUCCUUCCUCACUCCUUCCUCUCUCCCUUUUCCCUGUUCUUCCUAUCACCACCUCCUUUUUUUUUUCCUCUGCACAUCCUUCCUUCUUUCCUUCCUUCCUUUCUCAUUUCCUUCCUCCAUCCCUCUUUCUUGCCCUUUUUUCCUUCCUUUCACGUAUUCUCUUUUCCUUCCUCUCUCCCUUUUUCCCUCCCUCGUGUCCUUCUUCCCUGUUCUUCCUUCUUAUUUCUUCUUCACUUCCUUCCUUCUUUCCUUUCUUAUCUCCUUCCUCCAUUUCUCUGUUCAUAUCAUCUCUCCUUUUCUUCCUCACUUGCUCCGUCCUUUCCCUUCUCUAUCAAUUCCUUCCUCCAUCCCUCUCUCUUGCCCUCUUUUCCUACCUUUCACAUUUCCUCACUCCUUUCUGUUUCCCUUUCCCCCCACUCUCACUUCCUUCUUUCUUUCCUUCCCCCCUCCACCCCUCUGUUCUUUCCUCUUUUAUAUCCUUUCUCUCUCAUUUCCCUCUUUUUCUUCGACUCUCCCUCCUUUCCUUCCUCAUUUUUAUUUCCUUUCAGUUGUUGAUGAAUUAUCUUAUAAAAACCCGCUUCAAAUACAGUAUGGUUUCUAUAGCAACGACGUGAAUUAUACAGCCUCACCUUGACCGUUUGGAUGGAAGUGACCCUUUGACCCAAAAACUGCAGUACUCCAAGCUCUUCCCUUCCUGCCCUCUUGUUGUUUGUUCUCCCGUAGUUGUGAACUGUGUAGUGGUCUCUCUCUCUCUGGACAGAUGUUUCUGAACUUCUAACACACCGGCCCUCCAGAGAGCCGUGUGUACCAUAAUCCUUUCUGCUUCCCAGCUGUUAGCAUCUGUGCAGUGACCAUCUCUUCAUCUCCAAAGGGCUACACAAAUGUGAAGCGUGCCUGAAGGUCAGACUCCAAUAUUCCUCCUCACCUCACCCUUCGCAUCCUUCAUGGCUCUAAGGUCAUUUCUCCAAAAGUGACCCCAAAAGAUAAGAUUUAAAUGUUUGUCAUGUUGAAGAAAGAUUUUUUUUAAACCUGUUCCUGUGAUGGUGUGUAAUAGAGAAAUGUUCAUGUCUUAUAUCAUGUUAAUAAUAAUAAUAAUAAUAAUAAUAGUGAGAGAAGAGAGCCUUCAUGAUGUCACUUCCUCCUAGUGGUCCACUGGAUGAGGGGUUUUUCUUCAUGCCAGGUUUGGAAGAAUCUGAGGAAUGCGAGGAAUCUCGUGGCCAGAGUAACCGCUGUUAGGAGAGAAGGAGUGAAGGAGAGAAGGAGAGAAGGAGUGAAGAGGACAGAUGGGUUUAGUCUUUGUGCUCUUACUGUUACGGAGGUUUCACUGAAGAAACCGGUACAAGAUGUAAAACCCCUCUGUACACACCAUCAGCUCCUCCAGCCUUCUCUCACCCCUUCUCUCUUUCUCUUCACGUCCCUCACAUUCCUUCUCUCUCUCCGUUUCAUUUCUCGUCUUUCUUGUUUCAUUUUAGUUUUUUCAUUUCUAUCUUUAUUUCCACUAUUUUUAUCUUUCCAUUGCUUAGAUUAUCUAUCUAUCUAUCUAUCUAUCUAUCUAUCUAUCUAUCUAUCUAUCUAUCUAUCUAUCUAUCUAUCUAUCUACUCAGCUCUAAAAGAAUUGUCUAUCUAGCUAUCUAUCUAUCUUUUUUUCUCUCUUUUGUUUCUUUCUAUUUCUCUCAUUUGUUUUUCAUUUCUUGAAUUUUUUUUAUUUUUAUUUUUCUGUUUUAUUUUCCUCCUUUUAUUCCUUAUAUAUAUAUUGUUUGUGUGUGUGUGUAUCUGUGACCCUAGGGACAGUGGUAGAGUUCACACUCUUCAUACUGUCAGUUACACACACACACACACACACACACACACGAGAGAUCACAGGAAUGUGUUUACAGCCUCACACACACUCACAGUAUUGAACAUGUUCAGGUUUCACAGUACAGAUCAUCAGUUUAUUCAUUUCUCAACAGUUCUAAUGAGCAGGUUCUCAAUCAGGUUCUAGAGCUGAAGCUCCUUGGGCAUGGGUUCUCCUCUGAGUCCUGCGAGCAGGUUGUUGGCGGCGAGAGCAGACAUGGCGUUACGGGUAGUGUAGGAGGCACUGGCGAUGUGUGGUAGGAUCACUAAACACACACACACAGGAAGAUUAUGAUCACACACACACUGCGCAUGAAACAGUGGAAGCAGUGAAACAUGUGAUGUGUUCUUGUUCAGUCACUUGCUAAUGGAAUAUUACACACACACACACACACACACACACAGAGGAGCUCACCACAGUUUUUCAGUGUGUAGAGCGGGUGGUUAGUGGGUAAGGGUUCUGGCGUGGUGACGUCCAGUCCAGCUCCAGCAAUCUGACCUGAAGAUAACGCUUCAUAAAGGUCCUCCUGGUUCACCACACCUCCUCUGUUCAACACACACACACACAGCCUCAUUUACUGUUCACUUUUACUGAAGUUGUAUGUAAAUGAGAGAGAGAAUCAGAGAUAGAGAGAGGGGUAGAAAGAAAGAGAGAUAGUUACAGACGAAGAGAGAUUUAGAGAAAGAGGUAAAGUGAGGGAGAGAAAAUGAAAGCAAGAGAGAGAUAAACAGAGAGAAAGAGAAAAUGGAAGUGAGAGAGAUAGAAAGAGAGCGUUAGAGAGGGAGAGAAAAUGAAAGAGAGAGUUGGAGAGAGACAUAGAAAGAGAGAGUUAGAGAGGAAUAGAGAGAGAAUAUUUUGGUUUUUAGACCCGACUGAACUGAUAAAUCAGCCGUUUCAUCUGAUUUGCAUUUAGCGACACCCACAAACGCCCAUAAAAGGCAAACCUGUCAUCCAGCUGAAAACAACAUGACGACUAAAACUUAUAAGAAUGCUCUGUUCCUUUUUCACCUCUAGAUCAUGCAGUACACAGUGGUACCUCGGUCCUAGAUCACCCCUGUGUACGAACUUUCGCUAUUCGAUUCGAAUAUUCGAGUCAGUUUGACCUCGGUGUACGAAAACAUGUUCGACUCGACCGCCAGGAACGCCGGUUCUUGUUUCAUACAGGAAUGCAACGAAUAUCGAAUAACGAAUUUUCGUUUAAGGGUGGCUCCGCCCCCAAUGAAGGUAUAAUAGUAAAAAAUAAAUAAAAUUUAUAAAGGUUUGACUAACAGGGUAGGAUGGUAAACUUAUUGCAGCAUUCCACUGUACUGCAUAGAUGUGUAUAACAUUUCAGUACUGAACAAGCCAAAUACGAGUCUUCCUGAUCACACACACACACACACACACACAUACACACACACACACUGAUUCUCUCUCUGUGAGGCCGUGGUUUGCGGAUUGAAGAACGCACUGAAAGACGGGGAGGAGCCGAAGUCUGCUGCCGUUUUCAUAUGAAAUUUAAAGGGGACUGAGGAGAUCACGAAUUUGUGUAGAGUUUAAGAAGAAUCGCAGAAAUUUUAGGGGGGGCUGAGUAGAAAUGUUGUGAGAUCAGCCAUCAAGUUGAAACAGAUUAAUUUGUCUUACAUUAUUUCCUACGGGAAAAAAUAAUUCGGUUUUCCACCAGACUUUUGGUACCAUUAAGGUACCACUGUAUGUCAGUGCUUGGUUAGUGUGAGUGCGCUUGAUGAUGAUGUCAUCAGCUGGCGCCUCAAACGUGAGUGCUUGUGUACCUGCUGGUGUUGAUGAAAAUGGCCGUCUCCUUCAUCUUGCUGAAAAGCUUCUUAUUACAGAUGCCCUGAGUGUCUGGAGUCAGAGCGCAGCACACCGCCAGGAAAUCAGACUGUCUGGCCAAUUCAUCCAUGGACACUACACACACACACACACACCAGUAUCACAAAAAUGGUCAGUGUCUUUUCUACUUAUCUCAUUACGUAGAUCUGUAUCAGGUCUUCAUGACUAAAUAUAAACUCCUCCCACAAUCUAAAUUUACCGAAUUCCGCCUGGAUGCCCUCUGCCAGCUCCGGUCUCGGCACCACGUCUGUGUAAAUGAAUUUUUUCACCUUAAAGGGCUUCAGACGCUCAGCGAUGGCCACUCCUGAGACACACACACAUUUUUAUUAAUAUAGCGUGCCGGUAUCGCUCUUCUGCCCUAAUCUCAGCAGAAUUGACAUGUGUUCCUAUUAAAGUGGUCAUGUGGGUGCUUGAAUUAAAGGUGUCUCACCGAUCCUUCCGAGUCCAAGGAUGCCGACUGUACUGUUGGCCAACUCGUAACCACACAACCACAGAGUCCUCCAUGUUCCCCAGCCACCACUACACACACACACACAGAGAUAAACUGCACAAUGACUGACACUAGAGACUCAUUCCAAUCUCUCCUUACAGAAAAGUUACAGAAAACUGUUCAUGUAUGUAACUGUGUGUGAGAGAGAGAGAGAGAAGGAGGGAGAAAGAGAGAAAGUGAUUUUAUAUAUAUAUAGAGAGAGAGACAGAGAUAGAAACAGAGCGAAAGAGAGAGGAGAUGGAGAGAAAGGAGAACGAGAGAGAGAGAGAGAGAGAGAGAGAUGGAGAGAAAGGAGAACGAGAGAGAGAGAGAGAGAUGGAGAGAAAGGAGAAAGAGAGAGAGAGAGUACGUUUUAGCUUCAUGCGUAGCCUCGAUCAGUCUGCGUGAUGUAGAGAGGAGAAGAGCAACAGUCAGCUCUGCCACUGCAUCAGUCAACACUUCUGGAGUGUAACCUACACGGAUUCCCCUAAACACACACACACACACACACAUUAUACACAUACAUACAUACACACACACACACACAUACAUACACGCAUUAUACACACACAUACAUAUACACACAUACACACAUUAUCCACACACAUACAUAUACACACAUACAUAUACACACAUACACACAUUAUCCACACACAUACAUAUACACACAUACAUAUACACACAUAAUCCACACACAUACAUAUACACACAUACAUAUACACACAUUAUCCACACACAUACAUAUACACACAUACAUAUACACACAUACACACAUUAUCCACACACAUACAUAUACACACAUACAUAUACACACAUACACACAUUAUCCACACACAUACAUAUACACACAUACACACAUUAUCCACACACAUACAUAUACACAUACAUAUACACACAUUAUCCACACACAUUAUCCACACACAUACAUAUACACACAUACACACAUUAUCCACACACAUACAUAUACACACAUACACACAUUAUCCACACACAUACAUAUACACACAUACACACAUUAUCCACACACACACAUAUACACACAUACACACAUUAUCCACACACACACAUAUACACACAUACACACAUUAUCCACACACACACAUAUACACACAUACACACAUUAUCCACACACAUACAUAUACACACAUAAUCCACACACAUACAUAUACACACAUACACACAUUAUCCACACACAUACAUAUACACACAUACACACAUUAUCCACACACAUACAUAUACACACAUACACACAUUAUCCACACACAUUAUCCACACACAUACAUAUACACACAUAAUCCACACACAUACAUAUACACACAUACACACAUUAUCCACACACACACAUAUACACACAUACACACAUUAUCCACACACACACAUAUACACACAUACACACAUUAUCCACACACACACAUAUACACACAUACACACAUUAUCCACACACAUACAUAUACACACAUACACACAUUAUCCACACACAUACAUAUACACACAUAAUCCACACACAUACAUAUACACACAUACACACAUUAUCCACACACACACAUAUACACACAUACACACAUUAUCCACACACAUACAUAUACACACAUACACACAUUAUCCAUACACAUACAUAUACACACAUAAUCCA